CAUAAAUAAAUCAACUAAAGGUAGUCGUAUUGACCGCAGGCGCAUAGAAUCACUUCCGGCACAAGUUUUUUUGUAUUGCCCUUCAAAAUAGAAAAUAAAAACAUUGAUGUAUUCAAUACAUAUGCGAAAAUAUUAUAAUUAAUAUUAUUGCUCUUAUGUACAACUUCCCUUUUAUGUUGAACGCUUUUUGAUUUACAGGGAGUGACGUGUUUUGGUUUUCCACUGAAUUGUAAUGUAUUUUAAAAUGGCGUUACCCGCUGUCACUCGUGCAUUCUUUACUAAUAGGAAUCAAAUAAAGCAAUGUAUGUCAGAGGGCUUCCGCAAUCUGUCUUUAGGUGGUCGAGUUCAUAUGAGGACACAAUCAUUGAAAUGUCUGAAAAGGACGACUUCUCAAUCGUAUGCUAUCCAUGCUACUGUGCACAGAAGGUCACCGCUAUGCCGCAGCUGCGAAAGCAAUGGCCAUGAAAAUAGUCGUGCUACUAGUAACUGGACUUAUGCAAUGGGGAGUGUAAUUGCGUUCUCUCUCUUCAGCAAAGCUGAGGAGGACACCAGAACUGAUGCCCAGAAGAAAGAAGAUGAGAUUAUUUUACUUUUGAAGAGAGCCAAGCUCAGUAUGAUGCGGGGGCAGUUGCAUGGAGCCAAUGGAUUCCUCCACCAGGCCAUCGCGCUGGCCCAUCAGAGUAACAAUACACAAGCUAUCAUCUACACCUACAGCUUGAUGGCGAACCUUGCCUAUGUCCAAGGUCAGCUGGAUAAUGCAGAGAAACUGUUCAAAGUGGCAAUGAGUUUCAUGUUGUCCGGAGGAACACCACAGGAUGACAAUGGGGUCAUUGAGAUGUCCUUGAAGCUCGCUACCAUAUAUGCCGGCCAGGAGAAGAAUGACUUGGCAGAGAUGGGUUUCCAGUUUUGCUCUGAAUCCCUUGAAACCAAGUUGGCGAAAUUCAAGGAACUUCCUGCUGUGGAACAAUCGGAGGAGUUGCGGAAGGAGACCCGGCUCCUACUGGGCCUGACCCUGGACUCCCACGCCCGCUACAUGGUCGCUAUACACCGCCUGAGCCAGGCGGUGGUGGACUACAAGCGAGCCUUGCUGAUCUGUCAGGAAGAGCAGGGAGAGACUCACCCACAGUCCUUGGUGCUGAUGAGUGACCUGGCCACCAUCCUGGACAUGCAGGGUUGUCACGACGAGGCUCUGUCCCUGGUGAAGCAGGCUGUGGAGCUGAGCAGAGAAGCCGGCCACCCUGACCAACAUGUGCUGCUGGGAAACAUGGCAGGCAUCCUACUGCACAAUGAUCUUUUUGAGGAGUCUGUGAAGCUGUACAAGGAGGCCCUGGCUCUGGCCCAGUCUGCAGGAGAUGAAGAAGCACUGGAGCAGAUCCAGGAGGGACUGAAGGAGGUGGGAAACAGGAGGAAAGCACAGAAGGCAGAAGCAGCCAAGAAUAAGACCGACUGACCGGUUGGAUCAACUAAACUAAUCUUAUUAACACAACCCCCAAGCAAUCUCUAACUAGUCUGUGCUGAAGGGAUCGGAGUGGUCAUUGUUAGCACAAGUUAUGGAGUACAGGGCAUUUAGCUCCGAAAGAGAAGAACAACAACACUCACAUCGUAACAGAUGUCUUGGAACAGUUUCUUACACUGGGCGAUUAACAAUUAUCUGUGAAACCCCAAUGAUGUUGUCUGUAUUGUGGGAAAUCUCACUCCUUCAAUGUGGUGUCUGUUUGUUGUCAGAUUGGCAUUAAGAUGUAAUGGGACCACCUCAGGCCUUAAUUAAGUCCAUGGCCAGAAUUCAAUCAAAAGGUGUGUGUUGUCGACAAGCGUAAUUGCACUUGACUUUUCAAUUAUGACUUUAUAUUUACGUUUGUGCUGGCAUCUUCAGAGUUUGUCAUGAAUGCGAUCGAUCUCUCCGCGAACGUCGAGGGGAAAUGCCCUUUUACAAAAGGCACAUUGUUCGACAGAGCGAUUGAUGACAAUGUGUGUUGUUUGAAUUCCCUCCUGAAUGAUGGCGCCUUAGUCUGACUUGCCAUUGCUGUCUGAAUCACUAAAUGAAACUAAGAUAUGUUGUAUGGGCUAGAAUGUGACAUAGGACUUAACUGGCAGCUUCAAGAGUGAAAGGCCUAAUCAAUAACCUUUUUGUGAACAGAGAUGUAUCAUAAAAACUGUCUUUAAGAUGGUAAAAACGGUAUAUAUUACAUACAGUGCAUUUGGAAAUAAUUCCGACCUGGACUUUUUCCACAUUUUGAUGCAUUAUAGCCUUAUUCUAAAAUGGAUUAAAUAGUUUUUCCCUUCAUCAAUCAAUACACAAUACUCUAUAAUGACAAAGCAAAAAUUGGUUUUUAGAAAUGUUUGCAAAUGUAUUAAAUUCACAUUUACAUAAGUAUUCAGACCCUUUACUCAGAACUUCAUUGAAGCACCUUUGGCAGCGAUUACAGCCUCGAGUCUUCUUGGGAAUGACGCUACAAGCUUUGUACAACUGGGAGUUUCUUCCAUUCUUCUCUGCAAAUUCUCUGAAGCUCUGUGGUUGGAUGGUGCACAGCUAUUUUCAUGUUUCUCCAGAGAUGUUUGAUCGGUUUCAAGUCCAGGCCACUCAAGGAGAUUGAUUCAGAGACUUGUCCCGAAGCCACUCCUGUGUUGUCUUGGCUGUGUGCUUACGGUCGUUGUCCCGUUGGAAGGUGAGCCUUUGCCCCAGUCUGAGGUCCUGAGCGCUCUGGAGCAGGUUUUCAUCAAGGAUCUCUGUACAUUGCUCCGUAAAUGUUUCCCUUUACUGACUAGUGCUCAGACUGUCCGCAAUAGGCUAAGGAGAGCCUGGACUGAGGGCUUAUAGGCCUGUUGUAAGGCAGGUCCUCACCAGACAUCACCGGCAACGUCGCCUAUUGGCACCAAUCCACCGUUGCUGGACCGGCAAAAGUGCUCUUCACUGACGAGUCACGGUUUUGUCUCACCAGGGGUGAUGGUCGGAUUCGUGUUUAUCGUCGAAGGAAUGAGCAUUACACCGAGGCCUGUACUCUGGUGCAGGAUCGAUUUGUAGGUGGAGGGUCUGUCAUGGUCUGGGGCGGUGUGUCACAGAAUCAUUGGACUGAGCUUGUUGUCAUUGCAGGCCAUCUCAACGCUGUGCGUUACAGGGAAGACAUCCUCCUCCCUCAUGGUACCCUUCCUCAUCAUCCUGAUAUGACCCUCCAGCAUGACAACGCCAUACUGCACGUUCUGUGUGUGAUUUCCUGUAAGACAGGAAUGUCAGUGUUCUGCCAUGGCCAGUGAAGAGCCCGGAUCUCAAUCCCAUUGAGCACGUCUGGGGCCUGUUGGAUCGGAGGGUGAGGGCUGGGGCCAUCCCCCCCAGAAAUGUCAGAGAACUUGCAGGUGCCUUGGAAGAGUGGGGUAACAUCGCACAGCAAGAACUGGCAAAUCUGGUGCAAUCCAUGAGGAGGAGAUGCAGUACUUAUGCAGCUGGUGGCCACAUCAGACACUGACUUACUUUUGAUUUUGACCCCCCCCCCCACCCUUAGUUCAGGGACACAUUAUUCCAUUUCUGUUAGUAACAUGUUUGUGGGACUUGUUCAGUUAUUGAAUCUUAUGUUCAUACACAUGUUAAGUUUGCUGAAAAUAAACUCAGUUAACAGUGA